AUGAUUCUCCUACCCCCAGACGGCCCCUCACCCCAUCCUCACGCUCCCUCCUUCCUCACCCCACGCCCCGAACCCCCGCGGUUUGCCCCACCACCCGAGCAGCAUGCCCUCAUCUCCGCAGAGGACGACGUACAGCGCUUGUUCAACGUCUGCAGAGUCGGUCGGGGCAAUGCCGAGCUCCUCAACGAGGUCCUCGUCUAUGCCAAGCCACAGGAGCUCAAGAACGACAUCACAAAGGAGCUCCUAGAGCGCGCGCGUCAGUCGCACGAACUUAUCGCCUCGCAAAUACCCUGGGCUACUACCCAAGCUGAGAAGUCGCGGCAUUCCGCACGCACACUCGAAGAAACCACCGAGGAACAGCUGCUAGCUGCUCUACUCGGUGCCUAUGAGCAGCUUUCGGAAUGUCUUCGAAUGUAUGAGGACCUCGAGCGCAUCGCCAUUGAGCAGGAGGCGGAGGAGAGGCUAAAGACAGAACGUCUGAUCCAAGCCCUCACGGCUAUAUCUGAGUACCGACCCGUAGCCGAGGAAACACCUUUGAUUGACUGGGUGUUAGCACAAGGUGAUCCCGAACGUACUGGGAAGAUCAACCCACAAACCGCCACUCGAAUUUUCAGUGCUUCCAACCUCACCCCGGAUGCUCUUGCCAGGAUUUGGGAGAUAGCGAGUGUCGAUAGCAAAGACGGCCUCUUGGACAGGCAAGGUGUCGGAAUAGCACUCCGUUUGAUUGGGCAUGCGCAGAAUGGGGCGGUUGUUAUGGAAAACUUGGUCAAAUUAUCCGGUCCACUUGCUGUGCUUGAGAACAUCUCCCCGAUCGCCAUUGAGUCCGUCGCCGGACCCUCUACGGGCGUGGCGACCCAUGUUCUUCCGCCCCUGACUUUGCAUGACCAAAAUAAGUUCAAGAAGAUCUUCAAGGCUUCUGGUGCAGAGAACGGCUUCCUAGGAGGAAACAAAGCAAAGGACGUGUUCAUGAAGUCCAAGCUUCCCUGGAAUGCUUUGUCGGAUAUCUGGAUGCUCGCUGACUCGCGUCGUCGGGGUUUUCUUGAUGUCUCGGACUUCAUCGUUGCUAUGUAUCUAAUCCAGGCCCUCAUGACUGGGAAGCUCACUUCGGUACCUACCUCUCUCCCUCAACACAUAUACGAAGAAGCUGGGCGGGGCUCCUCUAAUCUUCUCGACCUGAAUGGGCAAACAUCUAGCGCGCUACAACCAUCACAUUCGCCGUUCGCCACUCAACCUCCUCCCCAGCACCCCACAACACGAUCACCUCGACCGCCAAGUUUCACUUGGGACAUCUCCCCAGCUACUAAAAUCCAAGCUGACCAUACGUUUUCGACUCUGGAUCCUGGCAAGACGGGACGAGUCCUAGAAGAGACGGGAAGGGCAUAUAUGCAUCAAGCAGGCCUGUCUACAAGCGCAGUCGGUCGAGUCUGGGAUCUCGUCGAUGUUGGCAAGAAAGGAUUCCUCACUCCCCUGGAGUUUUCAGUAGCUAUGCACCUUGUCAAGAUGAGAAAAGAGGGCUAUCAUUUACCACCAUCAGUACCACUUGAGCUACUGCCGACCACCUCCGACGGCGCGUAUACGGGUCUCACUGCCAGACAGCCGUCUGAAACCGGAACUCGAAUGAUGGUUGCUCUAUACCCUCCGUCACCACACGGCGAGGGAACGCGCUCUGCCUCCACAUCACCUGGUCCCUCUCGCUUGAGGGCAUCGCGGAGUACACCUCAACUGCACAUGCUCGGACCGCCGCCCCCACCAACUUCGUGUCCACCACCUUUCCCAAUGUCCCCUCUCCCACAACCUUUCGAAUACGUUCCAGCACAACCCACAGGCAUCGAGCAACUGGAUAUCCGUCCGGAGGAGCGAGCACGAUACGACCGCUUCUUCGAGCAACUAGAUACCGCAAGGCAAGGGUAUCUGAAGUCCGACGUGGCGGUGCCAUUCUUUGCUCGAGCUAAGCUACCCAAUGCCGUCAUGGCCACUAUAUGGGAUCUGGCCGAUUCAGAGCAUGACGGGCGACUGACUCCUGAAGACUUCGCGGUUGCGAUGCACUUGAUCCGGCAGAAGCUGGCUGGGAAGGAGCUUCCGACAUCUGUCGUACAUACCCCUUCCGCUGGACCAUCAUCGCACCAACCGCAGCUACAGCGCCCACACAGGCAUUACAGUGAACCCUCAUUCGAAUCUGCUCCGUCUGGGGCGGCCACCCCAGAUGCGUCAUCUCCCCCUCUUUCUCUCCCCCAUCCUCCCCCUCCUGCCGUCGCUCCUGCUCCAUCCCAGCCCGAGACGGAUCCUACGACGGUUCGACUGCCAGAUGAUGUCCCGGAUGAUCUCAGAUCGGAUACGCCUCCCCCGCCGUAUGAGCUGUUACCUUCGGGUAUGACCUAG